CGUGCAGCGUCGCGUAAGAAAAGAAGAGACUGAAACUUCGUAUUGUUUGUGCGUUGCUUUGUGCCUAAUCACCUCACCUCAGCCAAAUCCUUCUCUCUCUCCAUCUUCCAUAUCUAACUGAAAAUUUCUUAUUUCUAUAGUCCUCUUAUCAAUUCGCUUUCUUAAUUCUUCCUCAUUUUCAUUUUCCAUGAUUCUACUACUUUUUCCUCUCUCUACGGAGUCGUGAUUGGUUGACGAGUUUUCUCAGCGCGUCGCGGCGUUUUCUGGCGAUUUUCUGUGUGAUUGGUUGCUUUUGUUGCUGCGUUGGAAAUUGAUGUUGGACUGCAUUUGUGAAACUUGCUGAUGUUUUUGGACGAUCAUCUUCGUGUUUGGAUUUCGGUAUAAAGAGGUAGAGAAGAAGUUAAAUAAUUUGGAGGAAUUGGGCCUCUUGCUAUUUCUUUUUGAAAACGUGGCAUCAGAUUGAAACAAGCAAUCAUGUCACUGAAGUCAUAUCAAAGCCAGGCCGAGCAACUACUUAAGUAUCUUGUACUAUCAGAUCCUGUUGUACCAUACAUUUCCAUUCCUGCAGGCAUACUUGCUAGCAAAUUGGUCUAUGAUCUGACUGAUUUGAUCAGCGGUGUUUACUUCAAGAGUUAUUCUAACCUUUCUAGGAUUCAGCGAAUGGAGUGGAACAACCGGGCAAUGUCAACCCUCCAUGCUAUUUUCAUCACAGCAGCAUCAUUGUACGUGGUGUUUUUGUCUGAUCUCUAUUCGGACCGAUAUUUUGGCUUUAUUACCUUUCGUAGUUCAACAAUAUCGACAUUUUGCCUCGGAGUUUCUGUUGGUUACUUCAUAACUGAUCUUGGGAUGAUCUCUUGGUUUUAUCCUUCCCUUGGUGGAAUGGAGUAUGUGAUACAUCAUCUUCUUUCUCUCGUAGCUGUGGCCUAUGCCAUGUUGACGGGUGAGGGGCAACUUUACACCUUCAUGGUUCUCAUCUCUGAGACGACAACUCCUGGGAUCAAUUUGAGAUGGUACCUUGACACAGCUGGAAUGAAGAAGUCAAAGGCAUACCUCAUAAAUGGGGUUGUAAUAUUCUUCGCUUGGCUGGUUGCCAGAAUUCUUCUGUUCAUGUACAUGUUUUACCAUGUCUACUUGCACUUGAAUCAGGUUCUCCAGAUGCACGCUUUCGGGCAACUUUUGGUGUUUGUUGUUCCAUUGGUAUUAUCAGUCAUGAACUUGAUGUGGUUUGCGAAAAUCUUCAGAGGAUUGAAAAAGACAUUAGCAAAGAGACAAUGAACGGAAUAACACACCUUCCUGCUAUUUAGGCCACCCAGUAAAAGGUACUGAAAAAAAAAAAAGUCUCUUUCUUGUACAUGUUGAAGUUGUACAAUUUCAUGUUAAACAAGUACAUAAAUAGAUAGCAUUUAGAAGGCAAAAUAAUUUUUUUUUU